UUAGUAAUGAUAUUUGCUUUCAUAAAUUUCCACACAUAACUGAUAAUUUAAAAGUUUCAUUAAUAUUUUUUAACAUGGACGUAGCUGACGCACUCGUGGGUCAGUUGAGAGUCAAAGAUGAGGUCGCAAUACAAUGCCAAAAAUUAUUUCAGGAUUUCCUCGAGGAAUUCAAAGCAGAUGGAGAAAUCAAGUACUUGGAACCAGCAAAAGAACUUGUCAGUCCUGAGCGAAGUACGCUGGAAGUUUCAUUUGAUGAUAUUGAACGGUACAAUCAAACUCUCGCAACAACGAUUAUCGAAGAAUACUACAGAAUUUACCCGUACCUCUGUCAGGCGGUUUGUAACUACGUUAAAGACAGAGGUAACUUGACAAAAGAUAAGGAAUGCUAUGUCAGUUUAACAGACGUGCCGACAAGGCACAAAGUGAGAGAAUUGACAGCGGUCAAAAUCGGUACGUUAAUACGUAUAUCUGGUCAGGUUGUAAGGACGCAUCCUGUUCAUCCAGAAUUGGUUCUCGGGACAUUUGUUUGUCAGGAUUGUAAUACUGUUAUUAAGAAUGUAGAGCAGCAGUUCAAGUUUACAAAUCCUACUAUUUGUCGCAAUCCGGUGUGCAACAAUAGGCGUAAUUUUUUGCUCGACGUCGACAACUCGGUUUUUGUUGAUUUUCAAAAAGUUAGAAUCCAAGAAACGCAAGCAGAGUUGCCUAGGGGCUGUAUCCCACGAUCCCUCGAAAUCAUCUUACGAGCAGAAACUGUUGAAAUGGUGCAGCCUGGAGACAGAUACGAUUUCACUGGCACGCUGAUAGUUGUGCCAGAUGUGGGUGCUUUGUCACUACCUGGAGCACAGGCUGAAUUUGGAUCAAGACACAAGCAUGGAGAUCCUUCGAUCGAGGGAGUGCGAGGUCUGAAAUCAUUAGGCGUCAGAGAUUUGACUUACAGAAUGUCAUUCCUGGCUUGUAGUAUAACAUCUACUACUUCGCGAUUUGGCGGCACGGAUAUGGGAAUGGAGGAAAUCACGCAGGAGAUGAUGAAGAGACAAAUGUCUGAUGCCGAGUGGAAUAAAGUCUAUGAGAUGAGUCGAGACAAGAAUCUCUAUCAGAAUCUAAUAUCCAGUCUGUUUCCAUCCGUCCAUGGAAACGAUGAAGUGAAAAAAGGAAUUACUUUAAUGCUGUUUGGUGGAGUUCCCAAAACAACGAUAGAGGGAACAUCGCUGAGAGGAGACAUCAAUUGCUGUAUUGUCGGCGAUCCCAGUACAGCAAAAUCCCAAUUUCUAAAACAAGUCGCGGAUUUUUCACCAAGAGCGGUUUAUACCUCAGGAAAAGCUUCCAGUGCUGCUGGUUUGACGGCUGCUGUAGUCAGGGACGAAGAAUCAUCUGACUUUGUUAUAGAAGCUGGAGCCCUGAUGCUUGCGGAUAAUGGAAUCUGUUGCAUCGAUGAGUUUGACAAAAUGGAUCCUAGAGAUCAAGUCGCAAUUCACGAAGCCAUGGAGCAACAGACUAUAUCGAUAGCCAAGGCUGGCGUCAGAGCGACACUGAAUGCACGAACGUCUAUACUGGCUGCAGCGAAUCCAAUCGGUGGACGUUACGACAGGUCGAAAUCCUUACAACAGAACGUAUAUCUGACAGCCCCUAUAAUGUCUCGGUUCGAUUUGUUUUUUAUUCUGAUCGACGAGUGCAAUGAAAUUGUUGACAACGCUAUAGCCAGAAAGAUUAUCGAUCUUCAUAGCAACAAUGUAGUCACCAUUGAAUGUAUCUAUACUCAAGAGGAAAUUUUGCGAUAUAUCAAUUUUGCAAAGCAUUUCAAACCAAUUAUCAAUCAGGAAGCAGCAGAAUUAUUGAUAGAGGUCUAUACUACCUUGCGGCAAAGAGAAGGGGGUAGUUCAGGUAAAUCUACUUGGCGAGUCACUGUGCGUCAGUUGGAAAGUCUCGUACGGUUAUCAGAGGCAUUGGCAAAGCUGGAAUGUGGAGAUGAAGUCACAAUAAGACAUGUGAAGGAGGCGAAAAGAUUACUGAGCAAAAGUAUCAUCAGAGUUGAACAACCAGACGUCGAUCUCGAUGAAGAUAAUAAUUACCCCAGUGGCCAAGAAGGGAUGAGAAUGGAUAUCGAUGACGCACCUCCUCUAAUGGCCGCACUCAAUGCUUUGGAUAAUGGUGAAGCUGCUAACAUCGAUGAUUCCGAAAUCACCAAUGGAAUCACGCAACCUUCAGAAGAGCCUGUUAAAAAAAAAUUAACCCUGUCCUUUGAGGAAUAUAAGAAUCUCUCAAAUAUGUUGGUUGUCUAUAUGCGGACAGAAGAAAAUCGGAUCGAAAGUGAAGACGGAGACAAGGAGGGAAUCAGGAAAUCAGAAUUGGUUGCUUGGUAUCUCGAUAAAGUCCAAGAGCAAAUUGAGUCUGAAGAUGAAUUGUUGGAGCGAAAAGGUCUCAUUGAAAAAAUUAUCGACCGGCUUAUGUACCAUGACCAAAUCAUAAUUCCUCUGACGACAGCGAAUCUGGCAUCUAAAGGCAAGCACCGUGAAGAAGAAGAGGAAGAAGAUCCGUUGCUUGUCGUACAUCCAAAUUAUAUUCUCGAUCCUUGAUAUUUAUUCACAGUAAUAGCCAAGAAAGGCGACUGCAUUGGGACGUUCAGAAUGUGCCUUCAAACUCCUAAAUAUCACCGGACGCAGAAAUGAUGGUCGUUCAAGUAGAUAUUUGAUUCCGUGCCUUCUGAGAGGCAAUCUGAACAUACCGAAUACCCGACACGAAAUUAUUUCAAACGAUCUCAAUCUUCAUCCACUACAGUAUUGUUACAUUCAUCCGAAUCCGAACGAUAACACUCACCUAUUGAUUUUUUA